GGGCUCGAUCGCUCCCCACCACCUUUCUCCAUCAACAACAGUCGUCACUAGCAUCACUGCACCGUCGUGACACACCGACAGCAGCCACAUCUGAGCUAGAGUCCAUGGAAAACGGCGAGGGCAUCGACUACUACCAGAAGCCCGCUGCUCACGCUGCCAGCAGGCCAACCAUGGACGAAGAGGAGGCCCGCGCCAAGGGCAAGGCUGGCCACCCCACCGCCGAGCCGGAGCCGGAAACAAGCCAGGAGGAGUUCUUCAGCGACUCCGAGUCGGGCUCCGAGUCCAUCGAGAUCGCCGACCUCAAGAAGCGCAUGUGGAAGGACCAGCUGCUGCUCAUGAAGCUCGAGGGCCGCUCGGGCCGCGACCGGGGCCCCCACCCCGGCGACGGCCACCACCAGCAGCACCAGCAGCCUGCUCAGGACCAGAUGCUGGCGUCGGCGUCCAGCAAGGACAUGGAGGAGUCGCCGGAGAACCGGUACCGGCGCAAGGCGAUGCUCCGGGCGCAGGACGGCGUCAUCCGCCACAUGCUCAAGAUGAUGGAGGCCUGCAACGCGCGCGGGUUCGUGUACGGCGUCGUGGGCGAGGACGGCGUCCCCGUCUCCGGCUCCUCCGACAGCCUCCGCGGCUGGUGGAAGGACGACGUCGGCUUCGACCGCGCGGGCCCGCUGGCGCUCCUCGCCGGCCACCAGGAGCCGGGGAGCCCGAUGGCGGCCUCGUUCCUGCACGGCCUCCACGACAUCCAGGACAGCACGCUGGGGUCGCUGCUGUCGGCGCUCAUCCAGCACUGCGAGCCCCCGCAGCGGAGCUUCCCGCUGGACCGGGGCCUGGCGCCGCCGUGGUGGCCGACGGGGCAGGAGCCCUGGUGGGGCACGCAGGGCGAGGCGCAGGCGCACCAGGGAGCGCCGCCGUACCGGAAGCCGCACGACCUCAAGAAAGCCUGGAAGAUCUCGCUGCUCAGCGCGGUGAUCAAGCACCUGUCCCCGCGCUUCGACCAGAUGCGCAAGCUCGUGUGGCAGUCCAAGCGGCUGCAGCACAAGAUGAGCGCCAGGGACGCCGAGACGUGGUCCAGGGUCAUCGCGCAGGAGGAGGCCCUCGACCGCCACGCGCAGCGCGCCCUGCGGAUCACGCCGAUCGAGGAGGAGGACGAUGACGGGCCCGACGACGCCGGCGGCGAUUCCCCGCUUGCGGCGGCGCACGUCGACAAGCGCAAGCGCCAGGUCGGACGCGAGGGCGUCGGCAGGGGCGUCGGCGCCGGCGUCGACGUCGGCAAGGCGUUGCUGGCGCUGCCGGACAUAGAUUGUGUCCCCGAUGCCGACCGCAGCUCGAUCGAUGAGCUCAUGAGGCUCUAUUACCGAUGCCUGCAGGGGCCCGACGACGACGGAGAGCACGAGGUGAAGGGCGCGGUGGCGGUCGUCGGGGACGACGACGGAGGGCAGAGGCAGCACGGCGGCGGCGCGGCCGCCGAGGCCGCGCCGCAGAUGGCGCACCACGACGACAUGCUCCCCCAUGGUCUCCUGCAGCACGGCGGCGGCGCGCCGGUGCACGAAGACGACGUGCUCCUCCGCAGCCUGCUGGGAGUCGCUGACGUCGUGGACAUGAGUGACUUCCCGAACAACCCGAUCUGGCAGUGGGGGUUUACGACUGACACUGACUAGAGUGGUGAGUUAGAAUGAUAAGACUAGGUGGAGUGCUAAUGUGCUAUAUGUUAAUUACUUAUGUCUGUUUAAUUCCUCGAGUUCUUUUGAUCUUAUUUUGGUGAGCGGUAAGCAGGCUACUAAGUUUGUUGUUCAUUUGGAGCUCUAUCGUCUUGGAGAUGAUGGAAGAAACUCUGCAGCGUAUGAAUCCUACACAUACACCUCUGCAGUCUGCACGGUGAAGAUUCCGACGCUUGUAACUGUAACUACCGGUGGUGUGUUGUGCAUAUAAGUUAAUGCAGAGUAAAGCAAACUGAUGCUGCAUGCAACAUGUA